AGCACCAUGCUCCAGUGCUCUGGGAGACUUUAUAGUCCUGAGAGUUGAACACUGGAUGACUGACAGCUGUCCUUCAUGACAACAGAAGCCACAGAAAUCCUCCUCAUCAAAAACAUGACUUUGAUCUGCGUCCUCAUCUGGACUCUCCUCUGCUGCUGCUUCACAGAGUCCAGAGGACAGGUCACAGUGACUCAGUCUGGAGCAGUGAGGUCUGCUCCGGGAGGCUCCGUCUCCAUCAGCUGUAGGACCAGCCAGAAGGUUUAUGUUUGGAGCAGCUACCACCAGUUAGCCUGGUACCAACAGAGAGAUGGAGAAACUCCUAAACUACUCAUUUACUGGACAAAUCGCAGAGCAUCAGGGACUCCAGGUCGUUUUACAGGCAGUGGAUCAAACUCUGACUUCACUCUGACCAUCAGUGGAGUUCAGGCUGAAGAUGCAGCAGUUUACUACUGUCAGAGUGUUCACUCUAUCAACAGUCAGGUGUGGUACACGUUCGGUGGAGGAACCAGACUGGAUGUUGGAAGUGAUGCCCCUCCCACCCUGAUGGUGCUGCCCCCCUCCAGGGAGCAGCUGCAGCAGGGGACGGCCACGCUCAUGUGCCUGGCCAACAAGGGCUUCCCCUCAGACUGGAGUCUGUCCUGGAAGGUGGACGGCAGCAGCAGCAGCAGCAGCUGGGAGCAGAGCAGCAGCCCCGGGGUGCUGGAGAAGGACGGCCACUACAGCUGGAGCAGCACCCUGAGGCUCUCUGCAGACCAGUGGAGGAAGGUGGGCUCUGUGACCUGUGAGGCCACCCAGGGCUCCCAGACUCCGCUCUCAGAGACUCUGAGGAGAGACCAGUGUUCCCAGUCCUGAUCUGACUCACUGCUUUUACUCUGCUACUGCUCUCAGUCUGCUCUCUUUCUCUGUUUCUCUCAUGAUGUUUCAACAUUAACUUGUUCUUGCUUGUGUUGAUAGUUUUAACAUUUUCAAACAAUAAAGAAUUCCAUCGUUUAUUAUAAAAGUGA